AACACACACCAGGACCAACCAGGAAGCCUUGCCAAUAAUUAUGUUGCCGCCGGUGAAUAGCUCUAUUUUAGAGCGGAAUCCAAAAUUCGAUGUGCUAUACAAGGAUCUAUGUGCGAGAAAGUUGAACCCGGAUGGCUCGACACGGGAUGUGAAGAAGCAGAGGAUACAUGGGGAGAUAAGAAAGAGCCUAGCGACAUACCGCACAAACCUCCACACCUCCCAGAUCCUCACGCGAACACUGUCCACUCUUCCUUCCCGAUCACCUACACUACCACAGGAUCUACAUUCCCCGGUUGAACUUGUCACAGCCCAACUUACCGGGCAGUUUCCGCCCUCGGACCGCGAUGUCCUAGCCGCUGACACGCAGUUCUUCCUCUCAAAUAUCGACAUCAUUUCAUCCGCACUAUCAGACCAACUCACCACCGCCGCUACCCUUCUCUGCAAGAUCGCAGACUCAAAGCGACCGCCUUCAAUAGAUGAGGUGCACUUAAAAGCAGAAGAAAUUCGAUCCUCGGCAACUCUCGACCUACCCAAGGAGUUGGCCGACGAAAAGGUCCACCUCGCUAACACCGCCCACACCCUUCUAAUCCUCCACCUCUCCCUCCUCCAAACCAGCAUCCUCAUUCUCGAGCGCACACAGCACGGCGCUCUCGCACGCGCCAACUCCACGCGCGCAGACCACAUUGCCGCGCGCGCUACGCUCCUCGGCCUCCAGGCGAAAAUCCAUACGCAUACCCACCCGCCACCGGCAGAGUUCGUCCGAGCGCUGAAGAACUUCAGGGCGCAGCAGGGGAGCAGUGAGGGGAAAUUGAAAGAUAGGGAGGGUCUGGCGAGGAGGACUUUGGAUUUGUAUAGUAGAGCCGGGGAGAGAGGGAUGAGGGAUUUGGCGGGGAGGAAGGGCGUGCUUUUGGGGGAGAUCACAAGGAUGGAGGCGGAGAUUGAGGGGUUGGAAAGAGGUUCAUAGGUGUCCAGCCGAUUUGAGCGCUGGUAGGAUGGCAGUGACGACGCGAAUGACGUUUGAGAGUCUGUCGCUGCGGCAGAGGGAGACACAAUAUACAUUGUAGGUGAUAUCUUGGGAGUUCUAGUCAUAGCGUCUCACCAAUGCCUUGC